UAUUAAAAGGACGGCUUGAGCGACCAUUUUGUAUUAUCAAGAUCGAUAUCAGGGAGGGAGUUGACGCCGCGUUGAACAAUUGGUAUUUUUCAAGACUGCGACGAAUUUCUGUAGAUUGUUUUAAGUGCGGUAAACCCGCUGCCAAAAUGGCAAUGAAUAAGAUGUCGAGGUAUCCAUCAGACUGCAAGGUCUAUGUUGGUGACUUGGGCAGCAGUGCAACGAAGCAGGAAUUAGAAGAUGCCUUCUCUUACUACGGACCUCUAAGAAAUGUUUGGGUAGCCAGAAAUCCUCCUGGAUUUGCUUUUGUGGAAUUUGAGGAUCCAAGAGAUGCCGAGGAUGCAGUCAGGGGUCUCGAUGGACGUACUAUUUGUGGUAGAAGAGCAAGGGUUGAACCGUCUAAUGGGAAAAGAUUAAGAGCCAGGGGUCCUACUAGACGUGGUGCCACUGGAAGGCCAUUCCAUCCUGAAGAUCGCUGUUACGAGUGUGGAGAGCGAGGACAUUAUGCAAGAGAUUGUCCACGCCAUAGAAGUUCUCGCAGAAGAAGGUCUUCCUCUAGGUCACGCUCACGAUCGCGAUCACGCUCUCGCUCCCGAUCCCGUUCCCGUUCCAGAAGCAAGCAUACAAGGUCUCGCUCAGCAUCACGCAGCCGAUCUCGUAGCAGAGCUGGCCGCGAUCGAGAACGCGAUACAUCUCGCAGCAAAGGAAGAUCAGCAUCAAGAGAUCGAAGUCCACGCAGAUCCAAGUCUAGAUCUGUCUCUAGAUCUCGCAGCAGGUAAAAAACGAAGUACUCCGAAUGGGAAAGUUAAUGGGGAUACUCGCGACGACUGAUAUCCUAAGAUUACAACCAACAAACGCAGCGAUACCAAUCAUAGACGACAAAUAGGCUUUGAGACGAAUGUUCCGAAAGGAUUACCAUGUUUAUGUUUCAAUUUUAAUAUUUUUUCUUGCAUUCUCAUAUGUAAGACAAUUUCAAGGGCGUGCCACUUUAAAGUACUUCUCACAAAUUUAACGCUACUCGAAGGCUUUUGAUUUUUAUCGAGGCGUAAAAGUGUUUCAUAAUAAUACGUGUUGACAUUCAUAACCGUUCAAUAAAGUACUUUUGACAAGAACA